AUAUGCACGUGUAUAUAUUCGCCCACAUAGAUAAGAGAGUACAUAGAAGCACAGAUAUAAAAACCUAAUAACUGCAUGCCCCGACGCAUGCUCCGUUUCGGGGUCUGGCUGGGGUGAUAUCCAGUCGGGUAAGAGAGCUUCGUCUGGUAACGCCUGCUUCGCGUCGAUCAUUACCUGGCGGAGCGCGAGCCCGUCGAAGACGCUGCCGAGCAAAAAGAUGAGGGGUGCUUUCCCCUUUUAUCGUUCAAUUUCUUGUCGAUACGUUUCUCGGCAUCUCGAAUACUGAGGACACCUCCUCAUCGAGCCAAGUCCAUGUUCGUAAAGCGAGGGGAAAUUUAUUGGACCCGGGGAAUACGUCAGAAGCUCGACCGGCUUGGCUCGGGAUAGCUCGGUGGCCAGGUCCAGGCACUUUUAUCAGCGAUUAAACGGCGGUUGGCCUCGACUGCAACGCCGGCCUUGGACAUCGGUGACCACGUCAUCGUCGGCAUCCCCGGAACACACGCGCGUGGCUAGAACGCAAAGACGAUAAUCGUCGUUGUUGAUGAUACUCGUUGACAACCGAUUGGAUGUCCACAUCGUACCAAACUAGCAACAUGGAUGAACACGAGAAAAACCUGAUGACAGGGACGCUGGAACAAAGGAAAGAAGCUUUCAAGGAGGACGAGGAGCUCAUGAGGGAAACGACGAAAUUUAUUAGCGAAGUGAUAGAGACCGCUACUACGGAAGCCUCGAAAAGAAAAGCUCAGUCGGAGGGAGCUGAUAUAGGAGAAGGCAGUAGAUUGAAGGGUGGCGAUACCAUCGCUGGAUGGAACAACCGAGCGCGUGGAUUCUGCAAUCGUAUUCUGAAUGCCCUUUGCCCAUGCUUCACCAAUCAUGAACUGUUCGCCUGGACUCCGUACCGGUAUCGCUUCACACGACCUUAACCGUUCGAUGACCUCCGGAUUUCCCGUUCCGCCGCAAUUGAUGCAUAUUAACAAAACUAGGAUUAAGCUCUUUCCACUGUCAAUUCAGAUCUUUCGCGCGUCACGCGUCUUUCAAGCCACAACUGAAGACAUCUGUCACGUAUCUAUUUAAAAAUGAACAAAAUCAACGCGACUCUGUAAAUCUCGAUGGCUGAGGAUACUGUCAUUUAUUUGGACAUUAAUCGUGCAUGAACACGAGAACUAUCUUAGCGUACAAAUUCGAAGUUGCGUCGACAUAUGCCCGAAUUAAUCUUUCUGAUGUCGCGUGAGAGAGACGAGGGUUGAAUCUGCUACUUCGGCUGUUGUGUAGCCGAAUGUGAGAAAAUCUACAUUAGUGUUCAAUGGAAGAAGUAAUUAAUUGUGUAAUUAAUUGAAAGCGUGUACUUCGUUUUGCAGCGAACUGCGACGCUUUGGACAGUUCGAUCGAACAUGGCAAUAGUUGAUUUCUUGUUUCGUUCGAAAUUUGUGUCAUUUUAAUUAUUAUGCCUUUCGAUUCUACAAGUAUCCUGGCAGUAAUGUCAUGUGACUGAUAUAGUUCCUGUCUCGCGUUUUUCAAAUAUUAAAUUUACUUUAAUCAAACGUAUAUAAAAAA